AUGCCUCCGUUGAAAGGAUUUUCGGAUAAUCCCUUUCAAACUCGGGGAGACCUUGAAUUGGCAGCACUUUCCUUACUCGAGCCAUUGCAUGCAUACUUUUCCCCUGGGAAAGCGAAAAUUCGACUUCCAAUUGAUAUCGGUACUCACUUUGAUGAUUUGGCUGCACAAUUAGAAGGUUUUGCUCGUCCACUUUGGGCAGUUGGUGCUAUCCUCUCGGCCUCUAGCACCAUAGCAUCCCCAAUCACGGACAGUUCUUUAUCGCCGAAGUGCCAGGGAAUAAUUCAGCCCUGGAUCGAUGGCUUUCGUACCGGGACAGAUCCUGAGCAUCAGGACUACUGGGGCCAAAUAAACGAGCCAAAUCAACGCAUGGUAGAAGCCGAGAUUCUAUCCUUUGCCUUACUGUCCGCCCCAGAGAUCCUUUAUCAUAACCAAGACGAGAAGACAAAACAAAAUAUAGAGACUUGGCUGCGAGGUAUGAACAAUAAGCAAAUGCCUGAUAAUAAUUGGCGAUGGUUUCGUGUGAUGUCAAACCUUGCUCUCAUCCGCGUCUGUGGAGUACCGGCCGAUGAGCUUAUGAGCUUUAUGGAGUUGGAUUUUGCCAUCUUGGACUCGUUUUACCUUCAAGAUGGCUGGUCAGGAGAUGGACCCUGGUUGAGCGCAGAGCAAGAAGCACAGCAAGAUCGAACCUAUGAGAAGACAGGUCGAAGGGAUACAAUAGAUCCAGGGCGUCAGGCUGACUAUUAUUCUGGAAGUUUCGCCAUUCAAUUUAGCCAGCUUUUAUACAUCAAAUUUGCCAGUGACAUUGAUCCUCAACGGGCAAAAAGGUAUCGGCAGCAAGCAAGAGAAUUUGGAGCUUCUAUCUGGAAAUAUUUCGAUGCAGAUGAACCAGGCUCUGCAAUACCGUUUGGGCGUUCUCUCACGUACAGAUUUGCGUGUGGUGGCUUUUUUGCGGCUCUAGCUGUGUCAAAAAUUCCUGGAAUGCCAUUUCCACUGUCACGGCCUGGAGAUAUCAAGGGCUUCUUGCUACGCCAUCUCCGAUGGUGGGCGAAGAACUCGAACGAUAUCUUCUACCCAGAUGGCACGCUGAAUAUCGGCUGGAAAUACCCAAAUAUGUAUAUGUGUGAGGAUUACAACUCACCGCAGUCGCCUUACUGGUGUAUGAAGACACUUAUCACACUAUCUCUAAAUCAAGAUGACGACUUCUGGGCUACUGAAGAGCAGCCUUACCCAUCUCUAUUUAGGCCCAGUCUUGUUGCUGCACCAAAGCAAAUUGUCAGCAAUCACCCGGAUGGUAAUCAUCAUUUUCUUCUCUCGCCGGCUCAGUUUGUUGCGUGGCCAAUGAAGGCAACACAAGCAAAAUACUCCAAGUUUGAAUAUUCAUCAGCUUUCACAUUUUCCGUACCUACAGGCCCAUUGAUCCAACAGAUUGCUCCAGACUGCAUGCUGGCCUUGAGUCGUGACGGUGCUGAGACUUGGGCAGUGAAAUGGAAAUGCUCAGAAGCCAUUUUCUCCACGGCUAAGCUCCAGGUCAAUGGAGAUCUGACACCCGUCACUGUUGCGACAGUGCGUUGGUGUCCCUGGGGGGAUAAACAGAUCGAAAUUCUCACCACCCUUAUCCCACCAACGAAUCGAUGGCCAGACUGGCACAUUCGUAUUCAUCGUGUCCAGGUCAAAUCUCCCUUGCGUGCUCUUCAUACGACUGAGGGCGGAUUCGCAUCACCAUCUCGCUGCAUCAAAGAUGGUACCAAGCUUCCCUUUCUCAAUGGCAUUGACUCUAAUGCAGAAGUUGGCAAGACCGAAGGGAUUUUUGUUUCAGAAGAUUCGGUCUUGAUUCUCUCGGCAGCUGGUUGCACCGGCGUUUCAAGUGUAUCGCUAAAUGUCACAUCGUCACUGGGACCAGUAACUCCCAGUGCUCUUCAGCCGGACUCCAAUACAAACUUGGCAUGUCCCCGAACUGUGAUUCCAUCUUUGGAACGCAACAAUAUUGAAGGAUUGGAAUCCGGUGACGAGUUUCUAUUUGGGACUGCAGUCUUCGCCAUAUCAGCGGCUGCCAACGGCGGCAGAAAAAUAUUUUCCAAAAGUCUCGCGAAAAGAUGGGCAGAUAAACCCCAAAUAUCUAUUUUAUCUGCUGGUGGAGACUCCAAGAUGACUGACUGCAUAGUCUUCAAUAGCUAA